GUCCAGGUUCAAAGUGUCACAUCAGUAUGCGAAAUUUUGCUAGGUUGUGCUUGGUGAAAGCAACAAAAAAUUUUCCUCGUCAAACUUCGGAUCUGGAAGUUUGUUUGUCGCUUCUCGUUUUUCUUUUUCUUUUUAUUCAUCGUGUACCACCAGCCGCAGAAGCAGAACCAUCUCCAGGAUCGCACCUGUGAGACAAAACACCGCUUGCGGUUCGCGCUACAGACAGUAGUAAGUAUCUCGAAGCUGCAAUUAUAUCAAAAAAUAAAGAUGCUGCGUGGUCAUUUUGUAGGUUGUCGAGCUGUGGUUCGAGCGUUGCGGGUCUUCGCAUCGCUUGCCGCGGUGGCAUUUGCCGCCAGCAGCAAGGUCACAGGUGGAAGCAAUACCGAGGAUGAUGGGCCGAAAACUGAGGUUGUGAGCCUUGACCGGAAGGAUUUUGUGGAAAUUUUCAUGGGCGUCGCGGACGGCUUCGGGUUAGACUUGGUGGAGGCUUGCGUGAAAAGCGAUGUUGCUUUCGAGCAAAACAUCAAAGCGGCUGUACUUGAGUUCAAGAAAGAUACAGAGGUAUAUCAAUUAAGAUAUUGAAAAAGUAUUAGACAAAUAAGCGGACUCAGGUUGUGGACUGACCACGCUUAUCUUGGUUGUAGCAUGACUUCUGUGAUCUUCCAUGUGGAUACAACGAGGGUUCGUGGUUGUACCUAGGUACAGGAUCGUAUUAAAAUGAACAUUCCUGAUUAAAAAAACGCAAUUCCUUCAGGCCGGGAUGAAAACUGCUUUGAAGUAUCUGGCGGAUGCCUUCGAGAAGGAUUUGCCCAGUGCGGUGAAGGAAUGCAAGGGAACCUACGACCAGGUGCAGGCUGUGCUGGAAAGCAUUGCCAGUUUCGCGUCCCCCACCUCUUUCGCGUACCAUGUGGGCAAGGAGCUGCUUGUGAAUGGCGUGGACAUCUUUGAGAACAUCAAGACCGCCGUGACGUCGUGGCAGCAGGAGGACUACCAUUUCUUCGGUGUCUCCGUGGGCCACGCGCUGAAGGACGUCAUUCUGGGCGUGAAACUGGACCCCGAGGACGCGGUCUCCCUGAUGCAGGGCGUGGUGUCCGGGUUGACGGACACGGAGGUGACGGCGACCUGCGUCAGUUCCAGCGAAAAACUGGUGCAGGACCUGCAGAAGAUCGCCAACGCGCUGGAGAAGAACACGCGCGCGGGGAUGGCGGAGGCGAUGUAUGAAAUGCAAAUAUCCCUGGAUGUCUGGACGGAUGCGAACAUGUGAUGCGCAUUUCACAACACAGACAAUAAAUCUCUCAUGCAUAGGCAGCAAAAGAUGUUGCCCAUUUCCUGUUACCAAAGCGGGGGAUUUAUCAUGCGGAUUGAGCAAUGCGGAAGCUUCUCGAAGUCUGUGAUGCUAGGGGUUCCAUGACAGACAUUCUGUGUCAUGCAAAAACACCAUGGCGCGCGGACAUAUUUGCAUUUGAUACGAUGCUGCUGCUGUCCAUUCUGGUGGAGCGGACGUUGCCGGAGGUGAGCAUAUCAACUGCAAAUAUGUCUGGCUCUGGAAAGGGUGAACCUGUAUUGCGUGUUUCGCAUUCCUAAAAAACCUGUAUUGCAUAAGCAGCAAAUAAAGCGCCGCGCCUUCGUCAUGCAAAAACGCAGUUUGUGCUGCGUCCUGCGCAUGACAGAGCGUUUGAAAAAUUUGUGAUGCUGCACUGCACUUAAAGGCACAGUCAAUCAUGAUGGCCAUUCAGCGUUACAAGUUUCCAGACCCAGACACAUUUGCAAUCCAUAGAGCAAGAGCUGCGCCGAUUCCAAGGCGGCCCUGGAAGUGUAUGGAAGCGUCAGGAUUGAAAUCGUCAAAGUUGAGAUAGUUUGUGAUGCAUAAAAUGCAAGGCAAAAAUUGCCUCUAUUGCAGAGGACGCAAGGGAUGCAGAUUCUAAGCCUGUUGAGGGGUAGAAAUUGAGCUGCUAAAGUAGCAUGAGAAAAGGCGUCUUCCUUAGCCAAAGAGCAUUACAAACUAGAUUUCGGCCCUACCCAAAUUUGUCAUGCGCCACUUGAAAACUAGGCACCAAUUGGUAUCCGUUUUAUGCAUCACAAAUCAUUUCAACUCUGACGAUUUCGAUCCUGACACUCCCAUAAAGUGAUCAAGGAGAAGCUGGAGAGCUUCAAGACGGUCAAGGAGCUGAUCGAACACCUGGGCAUGGACCUGAUCAGCAACGCGGCCGCUAUAUCCUGAGUAAAAACGUCCCCACACCAGAGUCAAGAUGGGAAAUCUGCUAGACAAAUCAACCAGCUUUCGCUGUUUCGCAUGACAGGUUUGCCCUCCUAGUAUAAUCCUGUUUCGCUAGUUCAGCAGCAUCACAGAUCUAGCAUAUCAUGCUGAUUCUAGCAUCACGAACUCAAAAACACGACUAGAAAAUGCUUCUCAUGGGGCUCCGCAUGAGAAACUUUUUUGGCAUGCAGAUUUGCAUGACAACUCUGGGGUGGGGACGUUUUUACUCAGCAUACGCUAUCGAGGAGGACGGCAAGGCGGCCCUCGCCGCAUACCAGGAGGGGCAGUGGGAGGACUGCGGUCGCGGCCUGGGCAAGGCUCUGCGCCUGCUGUUGAUCGGCGGGACCUCGUCGAAGAUGAACGGUGCCGUGGUUACAACGAGCAAGGAGCUGGGGGUCGUGGGCGGCCUGCUGCGCAAGGGAAACGAAAUUCUGGGCGCGUCGUCGAGUGCUGCGAAGAACAAUUAUGCCAUCCUGGACCACAGCAACCAGGCGGAGCUGUACAUCUAAGAGGAUGUUCGCUGAUUUUUGUUUUUCAUUCAUCAGUCAGGAGGAACGCGAACGACUGGCUCAAAAAACUCUCAGAUGCCCACGACAAGCUAUCGAAAGUACUAUUCCUGAUUUGAGAACUUUACACUCACAACAAAUAGAAAAAGCGAUGGCUUGAUUGUGUAAAAAAGACUCCUAUAAUAUCAAGCUUAGCCUUAAUGUAGUACAACAACCACACGUGGACGUGCUGGUGCUCGAGUCAAUCCUUGUCGGCACAGCAAAGAAAAACCACUUUUCUAACUGGAAACAGUGGAGCGAUUCCUGCGGUAGCUGUUGUGUAUUCUCAUGAAAAACAAAAAGUAAAAGAACAGUGAUGAAUGACCUGCUUUCGACGGAU